AUGUACCGGAAACGAGAAAAAUUAACCGAAAUCAUCCGCAGUGUCCGUAUUAUUUCUAUUCAUAUCUAUCUAUCUAUCUAUCUAUCUAUCUAUCUAUCUAUCUAUCCCAGUUUCUUUCUUUCUUUCUUUCUUUCUUUCUCAGUCUCUUCAUAUCUAUCUAUCUAUCUAUCUAUCUAUCUAUCUAUCUAUCCCAGUCUCUUUCUUUCUUUCCUUCUUUCUUUCUUUCUUUCUUUCUUUCUUUCUUUCUUUCUUUCUCAGUCUCUUCAUAUCUAUCUAUCUAUCUAUCUAUCUAUCUAUCUAUCUAUCUAUCUAUCUAUCCCAGUCUCUUUCUUUCUUUCUUUCUUUCUUUCUUCAUAUCUAUCUAUCUAUCUAUCUAUCUAUCUAUCUAUCUAUCUAUCUAUCUAUCUAUCUAUCUAUCCCAGUUUCUUUCUUUCUUUCUUUCUUUCUCAGUCUCUUCAUAUCUAUCUAUCUAUCUAUCUAUCUAUCUAUCUAUCUAUCUAUCUAUCUAUCUAUCUCAGUCUCUUUCUUUCUUUCUUUCUUUCUCAGUCUCUUCAUAUCUAUCUAUCUAUCUAUCUAUCUAUCUAUCUAUCUAUCUAUCUAUCCCAGUCUCUUUCUUUCUUUCCUUCUUUCUUUCUUUCUUUCUUUCUUUCUUUCUUUCUUUCUCAGUCUCUUCAUAUCUAUCUAUCUAUCUAUCUAUCUAUCUAUCUAUCUAUCUAUCUAUCUAUCUAUCUAUCUAUCUAUCUAGUAGCGUAG